AUGUGGCACUCGGCUGCAUACGCUGUGACUGCAUUCCUCACGCUUAGUUUCUACGCUACCACGCCUAACACGCCUACCACGCCCCUUACACCCCAUGGAUACCACGAUCAUCUCAGAGUAUGGGAGUCUGACUUGCCGAGUGCUGACACCAGCACCACUACCAUCAGUUCCAUUACCACAACACCACCAUCCCACAACCUCUCAGAGAUGCACAAACAGCGAUUCAGGUUCAUUCAUGGCAAGAUUAAGGUGAACCUCACCGCACCUAAGGUGAACCUCAUCCCUGAGCACGUGAGGUGGCGGCACCCACUGAACCAGGCGACACCGUGCCACGACGGCAGCUCCCAGCCCCUGGUGCUGGCACUGGUGCCCUCAGCUCCAGGCAACAGACGAGGCAGGAACUUCAUCAGGAGCACCUGGGCUCAUCCAGCACUCUACCCCAGGACAGGACUCAAGGUGCUCUUCGUAGUAGGACUGACGCAGGACGCUGAGUUGCAGGACGCCCUCGACACGGAGGCUGCCUUGUUCCAUGAUCUUAUUCAGAACACCUUCGUCGACUCCUACAGGAAUCUUACUUACAAAGCCAUCUCGUGGUUGUCGUGGGUGUCCCAACACUGCACACAUGUUCCCUUCAUCGCUAAGGUGGACGACGAUGUGUUAGUCAACCCCUACUGUCUGGGGAAAUAUCUACGUGGUCUGUUCUCUGUCACUACCCCCAAGACUCCAGCGAGUAACGACACCCUGCCUCUCCACCUCGUUUAUCGACCUCGAGUAGUAACCAGCAGCUGAGUUUGAGCGUCAACUCCACUGGAAGCCUCAGUGAUGAUGGAUCACUGUCUCUCACACCCACUGACUACAUCUACGGCAGGUUACAGACUCGCUCGUCCCCUCACAGGAGAGGCAAGUGGAGUCUCGCUAUAGAGGAGUACCCGGAGAACAUCUUCCCACCCUUCGUGCUAGGUCCUGCCUAUAUUGUGGGUGCACACGCCGUUAGGAGGUUACUGAAGUACGUGGCCCAAACCCCCUUCCUAUGGCUGGAAGAUGUCUUCACCACGGGGCUUGUGGCCCACCUCGCUCACGUCCCUCACGUCCAGACAGAGUUCCUCUACACUGGGAAUCCUUCUGUGGAGCUUUUCUAUGGGCAGAAGGCAUUCAUGACAGAGACUAGUGAAGACAAGAGACGCUACGGUUGGGAGGGAAUAAAAAAAUUCUCCCACACUGAAGACAACCACAAAAGUUAGCAGUAGAGAUAAGCAGUGAAUCUGUCUCGAAUUGGUGCAUGGAGGAUCGAGCCUUCACUACUGAAUGAUUCCCAUGCGCUGGAGAGGUGCUGAACGAUACUCCCAUCCGAGGUAUUGAAGCACUGUGUCCCCAUAUGCUAAUAAAUAAAUCAAGCACUCCGAAAGUCAAGCACACUCGAUUUUAACAUUAAACAUGUUAGUUUAAUAUGUUUGUUAUGCACCCCAUACCCAUCCUGUGGGCGGUAGUCAAAAGAUUACAGAGGUACAUAAUUGGUCCAGGGACUGGACUCCAAAGUUUUGAUAGCUGAGCAAGUUACAGAGGUAAUGAACUCACAAUUUACAUGUGAUAAUACUUUCGUUGGUACCCCGGAAAAUCUGAAGCCUUACUCUAGCAGCUUUAGAUGAGCAAUCUCUUCAGCACAGAUUACGAGUAUCUUUAUUUUUGCUUGUAUAUGACACAGGAUAUCCAUCGACUCAAUGUAGAUAUGAUGUCCCUUGACGAUUACUUAACAAAAUUGUUGGCAAUAAAACCAAGACACUUUGUGUUUUAUUCCUGAGGUGAUUGCCUCUGCAUAUAUUAUCUAAGACUAGCACGUGUUAAUUGGUCAAAUAAUCUAGCAUUUUUUAAUUAGUACAAUUAUCAUAAAGGUAAUAUCAGCAGACACUGAUUUUCCCUCCUAUCUGCUGCUAGUCUUGCAAGUUUGUAUAGCUCCUGAUGACGCAAGAGAGAUCGAAAGAUCUUCAGCUUAAUUUUGUUUUGCAUUGUUAAGAUUGCCUGUU